UUUGCUGCUUUUAAUAAUUCUCGAUGUCAAUAUUUUUCUAUCUGUAAUAUCAAUCAUUUUGUAAAAACAUUUCAAACGUAUUACGUUUGGCUUUAUCGAAAUUGAUUUGGCUUGAGGGAAAUGAGGAGAUAUAAAAGAAAAAACAAAAAGAGAAAGAAAUGUAAAUGACGAAAAACAAGAGAAAAGAAAAAAAGAAAGUAAGGCUACAAUUUAAUAUAAAUGAAGGCCAGGGAACGAUCGAAACCGGAACGGCUGAGUCGCGACAGUGUUGUCGUCGGACGUGUCUGUUGGUGGUCAAGAGUUGGCGAAUUAAAUAUCUACAAGAAAAUAAGAGGGGCUAUCCUUUCUCGUGUAUCGUGGAUCUCGUUAAAAAUUUCAGAGAGAAAGGAGAGAAAGAGAAGGGUCACGUUAAAAUUGAAAAAGUCGAUGUUGUUUCAAUAUAAUCAACGAAUAACGAAUAAAUAGCAAUUAAUUACGUUAAAAGGAAGGAACGAAAUAAAGAAGAAGAAGAAGAAGAAAAAAAAAGGAACGAGUAGAUUACAUCCUUGUUGGAUAUAGUCGCAAUGGCCACAUUAUCAUUACGGAUCUCCAUUCCGGAGAAAAAUGCAACGAAAAUGAUGCAGUUUGAUCCGAGUACGUCGGUUUACGAUGCUUGCCGUAUAAUAAGAGAAAAAUUAGCGGAGGCCAGUAAUAUGGGACAACCCAAGGAUUAUGGACUUUUCUUUGCCGACGAAGACGUAAAGAAAGGCGUUUGGCUUGAACCAGUCAGAAAUCUUGAUUAUUAUAUCUUAAGAAAUGGCGAUCUUUUGGAAUAUCGUCGUAAAUUACGUACACUUAGAGUAAGAAUGUUGGAUGGUACAUUGAAAACAUUAUUGGUAGAUGACAGUCAACCUGUCGCCAAUCUUAUGGUAGUUAUAUGCACGAAAAUUGGUAUAACAAAUCACGACGAAUAUUCCCUUGUACGCGAGCUCGUAGAUGAAGAAACGGAAAAUCAAAAACCCGGUAACUUUGGUACAUUAACGUUGAAAAGGAGAAAGGAGGACAAGGGUGAGAGAGAUGCUAAGAUGGAUCAAUUGAGGAAAAAACUAAAGACCGACGACGAAGUUAAUUGGAUAGAUCCAAGUAAAACAUUACGGGAGCAAGGUAUCGACGAAUCGGAAACCGUAUUGUUAAGAAGAAAAUUUUUCUUCUCCGAUCAGAACAUCGACAGUCGUGAUCCAGUGCAAUUGUCACUUUUGUACGUACAAGCGAGGGAUGCAAUAUUGGAUGGUACACAUCCGGUUACACAAGAGAAAGCAUGCAUAUUCGCUGGUAUACAAUGUCAAAUACAAUUUGGCGAUCAUAAGGAGGACAAACACAAAACAGGUUUUUUGGACCUGAAAGAAUUCUUACCGCAGUCUUACGUGAAAGUGAAGGGUAUCGAGAAGAAGGUAUUUGCCGAGCACAAGAAACACGUUGGCCUGUCCGAACUCGAUGCCAAAGUUUUAUACACGAAAACUGCCAGAUCAUUGAGUACAUACGGUGUCACGUUUUUUUUGGUAAAGGAAAAGAUGAAGGGUAAAAAUAAAUUGGUACCAAGAUUGCUCGGGGUAACGAAGGAUUCGGUAUUACGAUUGGACGAGAAGACCAAAGAGAUAUUAAAAACGUGGCCAUUGACAACCGUCCGACGUUGGGGAGCAUCCCCUAACACAUUUACCCUUGAUUUUGGCGAUUAUUCCGAUCAAUAUUACAGCGUACAAACUACCGAGGCAGAACAAAUUUUACAAUUGAUAGCCGGUUAUAUAGAUAUUAUAUUGAAAAAGCAAAAGGGUAAAGAUCAUUUCGGUAUCGAAGGAGACGAAGGAUCAACUAUGGUCGAGGAUAGCGUGUCACCUUUAAAAGCAACAAUUAUGCAACACGAGACGAGUAACGUUGGAAAGGGAAAUGUUGAAGCUGUUUCCGUCGCUAUACCUGCUGUUAUAAGAGCAGGUGGUGAUGGGGCUCGACCAUAUGGGACAGGUCACAUGGGUGGUGCUCAAUACACAACCGUCAGCGGACAAGUCAACAUCGCUCAUGCUCCGCCAAUGAUGCAACAAACAAAAGUUACAUCCGUCCUGUCGGAACCACAGCGUGCCUUACUAUCGACGAUAACAGCCGGUCACGAGGUGAUAAAUAUCGCAGAAACGGAACUCUCAUGCAAAGCACAAUUACCGGAACUCGGUACCGAUCCAGCAUCCCUAAAAUGGAUCGAACAGACCAUAGAUACGCACAAACAAAAUGUUGGCUCUCAGAUAGCUGCUAUGAAUGCUGCUACGGCACAAGUAGUCACGUUAACCUCAGGCCCAGCAGAUGACGUAGAUCAUACGGCCGUAGGUGCAGCGAUAACAACUAUAGCCACGAAUCUUCCUGAAAUGACGAAAGGCGUUAGAAUGAUAGCCGCAUUGAUGGACGACGAAUCAUCUGGAGAACGUUUACUCGAUGCAGCUAGAAAAUUAUGUUCCGCUUUCUCUGAUCUAUUAAAAGCAACGGAACCAGAGACUAAAGAGCCAAGGCAGAACUUGUUGAACGCUGCAUCUCGAGUUGGCGAAGCGUCGCAUCAAGUAUUGACCACGAUAGGCGAGGAAAACGAUUCUAAUCGUGAAUUACAGGAUAUGUUGUUAGCAUUGGCAAAAGCUGUUGCGAAUACGACCGCCGCUUUGGUAUUAAAAGCUAAAAACAUAGCGGCUACCUGCGAGGAUUCGGCUACGCAAAACAGAGUAAUAUCAGCGGCAACGCAAUGCGCAUUAGCUACGUCCCAAUUGGUAGCUUGUGCGAAAGUUGUAGCACCGACUUUGCACUCGCCCGCUUGUCAAACGCAGUUGAUGAAUGCUGUGAGAGAGGUAACAAAAGCCGUCGAGGGUUUGGUCGAGGUAUGCAAUGAAACCUGUAACGAUGAGAAUUUAUUGAAAGAAUUGAGUACGGCAGCGAGCGAAGUUAGUAGAACAUUGAACGAUCUUUUGAAUCAUAUUAAAACGGCAACCAGAGGUGAACGCGCUAAGGAAUCUAUUCAAGAGGGCGCAGUAGAAACCAUUCUCGUAGCAACGGAUAAACUUUUUGCUAGUACAGGAGACGCCGGUGAAAUGGUUAGACAGGCCAGAGUCGUUGGUCAAGCUACAGCGCAAUUGAUUCAAAGUAUCAAAGGUGAAGCUGAGAAACAGUCCGAUCCGGAACAACAACGGCGUCUCUUAGCGGCCGCCAAGAUAUUGGCCGAUGCUACAGCGAAAAUGGUUGAAGCCGCUAGACAAUGUACGAGCAGUCCGCAUGACGCAAAGAUGCAGGAUCAGCUUAGACAGGCAGCCGAGGAAUUAAGAACGGCAACGACGGUAGCCGCAACACCGGCAUUGCGUAGAAAAUUGAUCGUACGUUUGGAGGCCUGCGCGAAACAAGCAGCAUCGACGGCAACUCAAUGCAUCGCUGCAUCUUCCGGUGCGGUACACCACAACACUAAUCACGCGAGCCAGGAAGAAUUGAACGUGGAGUGUAGAUUGAUGGCGCAACAUAUACCGCAUUUGGUCGCUGGGGUAAAAGGAACACAAGCCCAACCGGACAAUCCUACCGCACAACUUAAUCUGAUCAAUGCAGCGGAACAAUUUUUACAACCUGGCACUGCCGUAAUCAAAGCUGCCAGAGCUGUUUUACCUACGGUCACCGAUCAGGCAUCGGCAAUGCAAUUAAAUAAUACGUCACAACAACUUGGUUCUUCGUUGGCCGAUUUAAGAUCGGCCGUAACACGAGCGAGAGAAGCUUGCGGUGGAUUAGAAUUAGAUGCCGCCGAAGAAUUAAUUAAUAGUUUGAAGGACGAAUUGAAAGAAUUUUAUCAAGCUGUCGAGGCUGCCUCUUUGAGGCCAUUGCCCGAAGAAACUACGGAAUCUACGGCUUUACGACUUGGCUCGACGUCCAAGAAUGUUGGAUAUGCUAUGGCACAAUUGUUAUCAGCUGCUAAACAAGGAAAUGAAAAUUACACUGGAAGUGCCGCACGAGAAACUGCAUCGGCACUUAAAGAUCUUACAUAUGCCGUACGCGGUGUCGCCGCUACGUCUGAUCAACCAGAAACGCAAAAGAAAGUAUUAAUGACCGCCGACGAUGUAAUACUUCGAUCUCUACAUCUUGUCCAAGAGGCCAGACGUGCAUUGAAAAAUCCGGACAAUCCAGAAAAUGAAGCUAACUUAGCUGCCGUCGCCAAGGACGUAUCGCACUCAUUGAACAAAUGUGUCUCUUGUUUGCCUGGUCAAAGAGACGUAGACGAUGCUAUUCACACGAUAGACGAUAUGAGCCAAGUUCUUAAUAUGAAUGAGUUCCCGCAUACCGAUAAGAAUUAUGGACAAUUGCAAAAUGACCUUAAUAAUGCGGCUGCCAACUUGAACGACGCCUCUUCGAACGUCGUCUCUUCGGUUCGUUCGCCUGUACAAUUGGCGAGUUCUUCAAAACAAUUUUCAAAUGCUUUCGGAGAUCUAUUAGGCGUUGGUAUGGAAAUGGCAAGUCAGACCACCAUAGAAACCAGAAGCCAAAUGGUGGUCUCUUUGAAAAAUGUUAGCAUGACGUCCAGCAAACUUUUAACAACAGCGAAAUCAGUAGCCGCCGAUCCUAGCGCGCCGAAUGCUAAGAAUCAACUAUCUGCCGCUGCACGAGCAGUAACCGAUUCAAUUAAUUAUUUAGUCGAUGUUUGUACGUCCGCAGCACCAGGACAAAAUGAAUGUGACAAUGCUAUAAGAAAUAUUCAAUCGAUGGCAUCACUUUUGGAUAAUCCUAGCGAACCCAUUUCCGAUGCAUCUUACUUCGAGUGUUUGGAAAUUGUCAUGGAAAAGAGUAAAAGUCUUGGCGAUGGUAUGACGGGUAUUGCAAAUCAUGCAAAGAAAUCGGAACACGAACAGUUCUCAGUAGCCGUUAGAGGAGUAUCAUCAUCUAUUUGCGGAUUAAUCGAAGCUGCAGCACAAGCGGCAUAUCUGGUUGGUGUUAGCGAUCCAACGUCGGUAGCUGGAAAACCUGGUCUUGUAGAUCAAGCACAAUUCUUAAGAGCCGCUCAAGCCAUUCACACUGGUUGUCAGAGUCUUGGUAAUCCAACGAGUACUCAACAGCAGGUACUUUCGGCGGCUACAAUGAUAGCCAAACAUACAAGUGCAUUGUGCAAUGCUUGCCGUCAAGCAUCUAGUAAAACAAGUAAUCCAGUUGCCAAACGUCACUUCGUGCAAUCGGCAAAGGACGUAGCAAAUUCAACCGCUUCCCUAGUUAAGGAAAUAAAGGCAUUAGAUCAGAAUUAUUCCGAGAUAAAUCGUGAAAAGUGUGCGGAAGCGACGAAGCCACUAUUAGAGGCUGUCGAUAAUCUUUGCACGUUUGCAAGUUCCCCGGAAUUCGCCAGUCAACCGGCUAAAAUAUCCGUAGCAGCUAGGGCUGCUCAGGAGCCUAUUACGAGCGCUGGAAAAGCUAUUAUCGGUGGUUCCUGUGCUAUGGUACAAGUUGCAAAAAGUUUGGCCAUAUCGCCGAAAGAUCCGCCUACCUGGCAACUCUUAGCCAACAAUAGCAAAAACGUAAGCGACUCGAUCAAAUCGUUGGUGGCAUCGAUACGUGACAAAGCGCCAGGACAAAAGGAAUGCGAGGCUGCAAUAGAAAAGCUUUCAGCUAGAAUUCGUGAACUGGAUACGGCCUCGCUCAGUGCCGUUUCACAGGCUCUUCUACCUCGACGGGAUAACACUGUACAAGGUUUCACCGAUCAAAUGGAAAGUAGCGCGAGCGAAUUGAGAGAGAAAUUGGAACCAUUGCGUAACGCUGCGAAAUACGAAGCAGAAAAUGUUGGACAUUCCGUUAAUCAAGUUGCAUUGUACUGCGAACCCUUGGUAUCAUGCGCCGUUGGUGCAGCGUCUAAUAUGGUACAUUCGAAACAACAAAUGGUAUUAUUAGAUCAGACCAAAACGGUAGCAGAAUCAGCCUUACAAUUGAUAUACGUUACCAAAGAAUCCGGAGGAAAUCCUAAUGCAACCUCGCUUCACGCGGAAGUGGAUGAAACCGUCGAAUCAAUGAAAGAUGCAUUACACGAGUUACAAAAUACAUUGGAAACAAUAUCAACAUCUAACGGAAUUGUUACAGGCUUGAUAGAUACUAUAUCACGAGCUAUGGUCAGAUUAGAGGAUCAUAGAAUGUCUACGAUCGAUACGGUCGAUUCUUAUGUAGAUUAUCAAACAAGAAUGGUCGAGGCGGCUAAAGAAAUUGCACGACUUGCACAGGAAAUGUCAACGAAAUCCAGUACAGACGUAGCCAGAUUAGGACCCCUUGCUGUAGAUAUUUCUCACAAAUAUACACAGCUUGCCCGUGAUACAUCAGGUGCAUCAGCUGCUGCCUCGAACGCUGACGUUUCAACUAGAUUAAGAACCGGCGUUCAAGAACUUGGACAGACGUGUAUCGACAUAGUACGCGCAGCUGGAACCUGUCAAAUGUCACUCGGUGACGUUUACACACAACGUGAGGUAGCCGAGCAUAGCAAGAUCGUAACUGAGAAGGUCUCCCAAGUUUUAGCCGCUCUACAAGCUGGUUCACGUGGUACACAGGCAUGCAUUAAUGCUGCUAGUACGGUAUCCGGUAUUAUCGGUGACCUUGAUACAACGAUCAUGUUCGCUACCGCUGGAACAUUGCAUGCCGAGAACGAAGGUGAUACGUUUGCCGAUCAUCGGGAAAACAUAUUGAAGACCGCCAAAGCUUUGGUCGAAGAUACAAAAACAUUGGUUGCUGGUGCUGCCUCAUCGCAGGAACAAUUAGCCGUAGCCGCACAAAAUGCUGUCUCGACGAUCGUACAACUCGCCGAAGUAGUGAAAUACGGUGCCGCCAGUCUUGGUAGUCAAAAUCCUGAGGCACAAGUUAUGCUUAUCAACGCAGUUAAAGAUGUCGCAUCAGCUUUAGGCGAUCUCAUACACGCUACCAAAGCGGCAAGUGGCAAACCCAUCAAUGAUCCCAGCAUGGCACAUUUAAAGGAUUCGGCGAAGGUCUUAGAACAACAGCUGCAGCAACAAUUCGUGCCAUUGAGCGACUUCGGCGGUUCGGAUUCCGAUUGGUUCGUGUCCGACCAAGAAGAGGAACUGAUACGUCUGCUAUCCGUCUCCGAGAGCAAUCAACCGGCUCAACCAACCUCCGAUUUGGUGAUGGUGACGAACGUGACAUCGUUGCUGAAAACCGUCAAGGCUGUUGAGGAUGAACACACGCGUGGUACUCGUGCUUUGGAAUCGACGAUCGAAGCCAUAGCACAGGAAAUUCGUGCACUGAGUACAUCGGAGGGUCAAAGGAGUAGCGUUACGCCUGAGGAAUUGGUACGUUGUACCAAGAGUAUAACAAUUUCAACGGCGAAAGCAGUGGCCGCUGGUAAUAGUUGUAAACAAGACGACAUCAUAGCCGCUGCGAAUAUGGGCAGGAAGUCGAUAAGCGACAUGCUGAUGAUUUGCAAGGGGGCCGCCUACAACUGUGCGGAAACGGCCGAGCUAAGGGAUAGAACUUUACAGGCGGGCCAUGACGUUGCUAUGAACUACAGAGAGCUCCUUCAGGCAAUACUUCAGAUAGCCUCUAGAUCGGGCGACGCUAAGCAUACGCUACCUCCAAUAUCACGGAAGAUCGCUCAAAGCGUCACGGAAUUGGUGGCCGUCGCUGAGUUAUUGAAAGGAAACGACUGGGUAGAUCCAGACGAUCCAACUGUAAUCGCUGAAAACGAACUGUUAGGUGCAGCUGCCAGUAUCGACGCUGCUGCGAAGAAGUUAGCGAGUCUUAGACCAAGAAGAAGUAUACAGGAGGCGAACGAAGAUAUGAAUUUCGACGAUAUGAUAUUAGAAGCGGCAAAAUCAAUUGCCGCUGCGACCUCGGCUUUGAUCAAGGCGGCGAGUGCUGCUCAAAGAGAAUUAAUUGCAACUGGUAAAGUAUCCAGAACACCUUUAACCAGCUCGGACGAUGGACAAUGGUCAGAAGGAUUAAUAUCAGCGGCAAGGAUGGUAGCAGCGGCUACUCAUAGUCUUGUUGAAUCUGCGAAUGCUUUGGUACAGGGUGUUAGUUCCGAAGAAAAAUUAAUCUCAAGCGCUAAACAGGUUGCCAGUAGUACCGCUCAACUUUUGGUUGCUUGCAAGGUCAAAGCAGAUCCAGACAGUGAUAGUACGAAACGUUUACAAGCUGCCGGUAAUGCGGUUAAACGUGCAACAGAUAAUCUCGUGCGAGCAGCACAACAGGCGAUCCAACAAGAGGAGGAUCGUUCGUUGAUAUUAAAUCGUAGAAUGGUCGGUGGUAUAGCACAGGAGAUUAAUGCAAGAUCUGAGGUAUUACGUAUUGAACGUGAACUCGAGGAAGCACGAGGCAGAUUAACCGCCAUUAGACAGGCCAAAUAUAAAGGUUCUUCGUUGUCUUAUAUACAGGAACGUGAAAUGACAUACGAAAAGUGUACUCGUACGUUUGACAAAAAUUAUGUCGUGCAAAUGUAACGUGAACAAUGGCAAAAAGAUAUUCAAUUUUUAUUUUUCAUUUUUAAAAUCGAUAUCAACCUCAUUUAGAAAUGCCACGGUAAAAUCAAGUUUGGUCUUUUUCUUCUUGCUCUUUUUUUUUUUUUUUUUCGUUUGUUCGUUUGUUUAUUUGAAACUAAAUUUUGAUCCGUGGUUAUGAAAAAAAAAAAAAGAAAAAAAGAAAAUCAAAGGAAAGUUUCAGACCAAUCCUUUUAAUAAUUGAUACAUGCGCGAAUACAUAUAAUUGUCACUGGAUGAAUAUUAACAAAAUCUUAUCGAUGUUAAACAAUCGAACAGAUAUAUUACUGACGAUUCAUUCUGCUUUAUCUCCGUUCAUUCCGUCAAUUUUUUAUUUUAUUUUAUUUUAUUUUAUUUUAUUUUUUUUUUCUUUUUUUUUUUUUUUAUGUACUGUUCACUUCUACUGUAUCUAUUAUAGGUUUGAAGUCUCUAAUGUUCAAUUGAAUAAUUUCGAGAUAUCCACGAUUGCCUCGUAGAUUUCUUUUAUCGUAAUAUUUUUCUUUUUUUUUUUUUUUUUGUUUUCUUUUUUUUUUUUUAUUUUUAUUUUUUUCUCCCCUAGUAACCGAACUACAUUUUUUAUUAUAUCGAUGAUUAAUGCGUACGAUGAAAAAACGUAUUUUUAUUGGGCACGGUAAAGAGAGAGAGAGAGAGAGAGAGAGAAAGAGAGAAAGAGAGAAUUUAAUGAUAUUGAAAUAAAUAUAAUCGAGAAUUCAAAUAUUUAUUUCUCUUGCGUUACUUGGCCGAUUGAAAUCAUUGUUCUGACGCAUAAGAACUACUGUGCGUAGGCGAGUUUAAACCAAUAAGAAAUGUGCGAGGGCGUAGGAUAAUGAACGUGCAUGUGCAUUUCCUUUACAAACGAAAUUGUCAUUUUUCUUUCUCACAUUUUUUUUCUUUCUUUUUUUCUUUGCACACGAUUGAGUUUUAUUAACCGAUAAGGAAAAAAAAAAAAAACAACAACAACAAAAAAAAAAGAAA